GGCGAUCCUCUCAUACAAAGAGUCCGUGGGACUCACGGCGCCUUUGCCUUCUACUCUUCUAUCUAAGCAUUGUUAUACCCGUUUCCUCUUCACUGCGAGUUGCGACGCAGCAACGUUGAAUCACCCACCUCGACCUUGAACCUCGUCCCCUCCUUAUCUACAGCAUAUCCGCUCCCUCGAUCUACCUCAAUCCACCUCGAAUAUCGCCCUCCAAACACUCCUCCGCCCUCGCGACUCUGUCGCGCAACAGCAGACAUGCGCUCCGUCAGAUCAUUACUCCUCUGGGGCCUCGCCUCGAUCUCUACACCCGCCGCCCUCGCGCUCCCCAAGAAAGAGGACUCAGGUCUAGUCUCGCGCGAACAAGAAAAGACACCAAAGUACUUCAGGGAAGCCGGUGGAAAUCUCGAGCUUGGCCAUUACGACCGUCGCUAUUUCCAAGACAAAGUCCCCUACGAAGAGCAUCGCUUCGUCCUUCGCGACCUUAUUCGAAGCUACCUCUCCACAAUGGAUAGCUACGGCGCCGAGACUUGGAUUGCCCAUGGUACUCUCCUGGGCUGGUGGUGGAACGGCCAGAUCAUGCCUUGGGAUUAUGACCUCGACGUUCAGGUUGCAAACCACACUUUGCAGUGGAUAGGUGAUACACUCAAUCGCACCGAACACGUCUACAAUUACACAGAUACUGCCACAGGGAACCUGAUCUCCAAGAAGUACCUGCUCGACAUCAACCCCCACCACGUCGAGAUUGACCGUGGCGACGGAAGGAACAUCAUUGACGGCCGCUGGAUUGAUAUGCAGAACGGCAUGUUCAUCGACAUCACCGGCCUGCGAGAACGUGAGGUUGAGCGCCCGGGUGUCUGGAGUUGUAAGAAUAAGCAUCGUUACAACAGCCAGGACCUAUGGCCCAUGCGAAUCUCGGAAUUUGAGGGUGUCAAGGCCCGUGUGCCUUUCAACUUUAACAAGAUCCUCAUUGACGAGUACGACACCAAGAGUUUGGUGACUGAGAACUGGUCAGGCCACCGUUGGAACCAUGAUACCAAGGUUUGGGUUCAGGAGACCGACGAAGAGGCCGAGCAGCGGAAGCUCGAAGCUCUUGAGCGUCACAACGCAGAACUUGCAGCUGAAGCGGCUGAGACUCAGGCUGCAACAUGA